AUGGUUGUACAAAAACAAUCAUUUUUUGUAUUAUUUGUAUUGUUUUCAUUGGCAAUUGCUGUUCCAACUCAAUGGACUACCAAUAACCAUUAUUACGAUGUUGUUACUAUCAGUGCCACCUCAAACUCUGAUAUGUUAACAAAGAUUGCCGCACUUCCUACCACCGGUGUAUUGGCUGGUUACACUCCAACUUGGGGUUCCUUCCAAACCGUUGAGGAAUACAAUUUCGUUAAAACAAAACUCAUGACUGGAACCACCGGAUAUAUAUCGGUCGGUGUAGGUAGAGGACCAUCCAACUAUUUAUGGUCAUACAUCAGUGGACCAGAGAAAGGUCUCCUCAGUUACGAUUCUUUCCACGACAUCUGCCCAGGUUAUUGCAACUAUGAGUUCUCACAGCCAGAACCACAAGACGAAUCGAAUGUAGCCAUCUAUUUGGCAACCAACAAAUUCCAUAGUGUUUCAAUUACUACUACCACUUCUGUAUUUAUAGAAUACGUUCCAACCAAUGAACCAGCCAUUGAACCAGCCAGCACUGCAGGUUCUCUAGUCAUUGUUAACAUGAACAACUAUUUCUCCAAUUUGGCCAAGAUUCAAUUCACCAUUACCCCUCCAGGUGCCACCGCUCCAAUCACUUUAUCUUUUACUACAGUCAAUUCCAGCACUGCCAUGGUAAACGUACCAGCAGGUUCUGGAAUUUCUACUUUUGUCAUUACAGAUACCAUUAAAACCUAUACCAAUACUAAUUACAAAUAUAAAAAUCCAUUUGGUUCAGUAGUUUAUCAACCAACUUCCGGUAAUCUUCUUACCAUUACUGGUGAGAAUUUUGGUAAUUCUGUUUUAGCUUUAUCAGUUAGCCUUAGUACUUCAAAUGAUAUUUGCACUAAUAUAAAAAUAUUGCAACCUCACACCGCUAUUUCAUGCACCAUGCCAUUUGUGCCAUCUUCAAGCAAAAAACUCCUUCCACUUACUCUCCAAGUAAAUAAUCAACAAACCACUUCCGUCAUUGUUGGUAUUUAUGAUAAUGAUAAUGUUAGAGUUGUAAGAUUAAAUCCUUCCCCAGCUUCUUACUAUCAAUAUUAUUUAUUGUCCGAAGAAAUUACUAGAACUAUCGAUGGAUAUGUAAGAUACUUUGGUCAACCGGGAUCUCAAAAGCAAUUGGAUCUCCUUAAAAAUACUCAAGUAUUUUCAGGUACUGGACUCCAAUCUAGAUUCAGUGUUGCCAUUGUAAGUUCCAAAUUACUCAGCUAUUGGGGUCCCCUUUCAGACUCUGUUGUAGUAGCUGGUAAUGGUGUUUGUGAUCUCUCCAAAGGAUUGUAUUGUCCAAGUGGAAGUCUUGGGGUUUCAGCUGCAAAAUAUGUAUACUAUGACUUUAGUUCAUCAUAUCAAACUGCCACCGGUUUUGAAGUACUCUACGGAAUGUGGAUUAACUACGGUGUCGAUCCAACAAUCUCUGAUAUUUCUCCAAAAUUAUUGAACACCUCUGGAGGAUCUUUCAAUUUGAACAUGCCAUCGGGUGCUGGUUUCCAAUAUUCUAAUCGUCAACUGGCCAUUAACAAUGUAAAUGUGACCGCCUCGUUUGCUUUGUACAACUUUACAACUCUUACCGUUACUGCUCCAGCUGGUACUGGUAUUGCCAAGGAUUCGAAUCUCUACAUUGAUAAAUUCAAAUUAAGUAAUUUCAAAGUUGGAUAUUAUCCCCCCUACAUUUCCUCCGUUACCAACAAACCAUCGACCAAUGGAGAUACAAUUAUUAUCAAUGGUGUCAAUCUAGGAAACAAUGCCAAUGUUGUGACAGUUACCGUUGGAGGUAAUCCAUGCAACAAUGUCGCUAUUUCUACCGCACACUUUGCAAUUUCAUGUAAAAUUGAUGCAGGUGUUGGAACUGGUUUGCAAGUUUAUGUCUAUGUUGAUUCUCAAAAAUCAAAUCUCUUGACCUUGGAUUAUGCUCCACCAACCAUUUCCAACAUUGUCCAAACUGGAAAUCAAUUGACCGUUAUGGGAACUAAUUUCGGUGUCAUGGCAUCAAACAUUAAGGUUAACACUCCAGUCAAUAUUGACGUCAAUGCUAAUCCAACAGCGGGUAUCUCUCAAAAUGUGACAAUCAAUUUACCUUUCGACACCAGAAAUGGUUUAUUCUACGUAACUGUUGGUGGUCAGAAAUCAUCGGGAUACCAAUUCAACUUGAUCCCCUCCAUUACCUCUGUUGGUCCAUUAGCUUCCUCCCUAGGUGGAACUCAAAUGGUUAUUCUUGGAUCAUUCCUUCAAUCUACGAGACAAGACAACUCCAAUGCAAAUGUAACUGUUGUUUUCGGUAGUGGUGAGUGUACAGGUGCCUAUUCUCAGGCUUCCACUGUCAUCACACUUUAUUGUGCGGCUCCAAAAGGUACCGGAAAGAAUCUUACUGCUCAAGUAUACAUUGACAAUGUUGCUUCCAAUGUUCUCACCCAAUUCUCCUAUUUGCCACCAAAGAUUUCAACCUUUAUGCAAGUUGGUACCGUUGCUACUAUUGCUGGUGACAAUUUCGGUGAAGAUUUCCACGUAGCCAGUAUUUCUUUCAACAACAAACCAGCCGUUCCUGCAACUUCAAUGCAUCUAACCAGAGAUUCUAUCAUUGUCCCAAUUCCUUUGGACUCACAAAACGGUCAAAUAGUUGCAUUUAUCAACGGUCAACAAUCUGACCCAUUCAACUUCCAAUUAUAUCCAGAUAUUCUUACUGCCUCUUUAAUUCCAACUGUUGGUGGUGAAAUGGUAUUCACUGGUAAUUUCUUCAACCCCACAAACUUUUCUGGAAGUCCACUUACUCUAAAAGUUACUGUUGAGAAUAAUCUAUGUACCAAUCCAACCAUCAACCAAACAGGAACCAUUGUUUGUCAAGCUCCAGCUGGAACUGGUGCAAAUGUUACUGCCGAAAUUACAAUCGAUGGAUUUAUGGAUGACUUCCAGGUUAGCUACAUCGCUCCAUCUAUUGGUGAAGUACAAGUUUCCACAACCAACAUUACUAUCCCGGGUACCAACUUUGGUCCAGAUUUAUCUGUAAUUACCGUUCAUUUACAAACAGCCAAUGGUGAUCAAUCUAUUGCUGCCAACACCUUGUCCAAUGGUGUCAAUCAAAUUGUAACCAUCAAUAAUAUUCCAGAUGAUACUCUUAAUGGAAACUUAUUCAUUACAGUUGAUUAUCAAAAUUCCAAUAGCCAACCAUACACUUUAAUUCCAACUGUUGUAAGCUCAACCACUUCACCAACUGCAGGAGGACAAAUUAGAAUUUCUGGAACCCAUUUAACAGCUGAAAGAGCUGAUGGAUCGGAUACUGAAGUUUCAGUAUCAGUAGGUGGAAAACCAUGUUCAAAUCCAGUUGUUGACCAAUUCGACACAAUUCUAUGUGAGGUACCCGCAGGUACUGGAGUAAACAAUGAUCUUUCAGUUACCAUUGAUAAUUCUCAAUCAAACAUUAUUCCAUUUGCUUACGUUGCUCCAACCAUUGCUUCAUGGUCACAAAACGGUGUCUCUGUUACUAUAAACGGUGCUAACCUUGGUUCCAAUCCAUCAGUAUCAGGUAUCAACUUGGGAAUGACACACUCACCAGUUACUUCUGCUAAUGAUGUUUCAGUUGUUGCACCAUUACCAACAUUUGCUCAGAGUGGAAAGAUUUCAGUUUCAAUUGAUUCUCAAACAUCAAAUGAACUUGACAUUGUUUUAUCACCAAUUCUUGAAUCAAUUACUUCAACAUCUACAGCUGGUGGUUCCAUUACUAUCCAAGGUAGUUAUUUGAAUUCCCAACGUCAAAACAAAACAGGUACCAGUGUAGCUGUUCAAUUUUUGGGAUCGAUUAAUGAGGAAUGUACCGCUCCAUAUUUCUUGGAUCACGAUCUCAUGUACACCUACCUUGUAUGCCAAGCUCCAGCAGGAUCUGGAAAGAAUAUUGAAGUAAAGGUUACUAUCGAUGGAAUGUCUGAUACAAUUGGUUUUAGUUAUGGUGCACCAACCCUUAUUAAUGUAACUGUUAGUAACAAGAAUUUUGUCACUUUGAACGGUACCAACUUUGGAAAUGACAACACUUUGGUCAAAGUUGCUUUGAACUCCCAAAACAUCGAUACUUUCACUUUGGUAUCAUCCAAUAUUAUCACAUUCCAAGCUCCAUCCAGUUCUGUCAAUGGUUUAGUUAUUGUAACUGUCGAUGAAAGAUCAACCAAUGGUCAAUAUGCCUCUUUCUAUCCAAUCAUUUCAACUGUUACUCAAUCAGCAACCCAAGGAUCAGAGAUUAUUAUUACCGGUACUUUCUUGAAUCAAUUCUCUACUGGUGGAAGACCAACCAACACUAUCAUCUCUGUUGACUCUGUAAAUUGUACAGGAAUUAAAUGGACAGCUAGUAACAAUCAACAAGUUGUUUGUACCGCUCCUGCUGGAACUGGAGUUGGUCAUCAUGUCACUGUUUCCAUCGAAUCACUUUCAAGUAACACUAUCUUUUUAGAUUACCUUCCACCUGCAAUUUCCUCGAUCUCCCAAAACAUUGAUGAUAUCUCAAUCUCUGGUACCAACUUUGGAACUUCAGUUUCCAAGGUUUCCAUUUCCGCCGGUUACACAGUCAAGAGUGUCAUUGAUAAUUUAAUUGUUGCAACCCUCAACUCUAAUUCCAAGAAUGGACAAAUUGCAGUUACAGUUGACACUCAAAUUUCCAACACAUCAUUGUUACAAAUCCAACCAAUCCUUACAAAUGUCAACUCUGUUUCUCCAUAUGGUGGAUCUGUUACAAUCAGUGGUAGAUAUUUGAAUACCAAGAACUCAGAUAACCAAGAAACUACAAUCUCUAUUACUAUUGGAGGUCUUAACUGUCAAUUUACCAAUGCUCCAGUUGACGGAUCAUCUUUUGCCUGUACCUUGGGUCAACAAUCAAUGAGCAGUGCCAACGUCAAUGUCACAAUUGACGGAAAGUCUGGUUCCUACCAAUACAGCUCUCUCUCUCCAGUUGUCCUUUCUUCAUCUCAAUUAUUCUACCAAGUAGGUGGUGUAAUUACAGUUGGAGGAACCUACUUUAUCGAACCAUUAACUGUACAAGUUGAAGGUGUAGCCUGUUCAAACCCAACUCUUAUCAGCUCAACUUCAUUGACUUGCAACUACAACUCUUCUGUUGCUCAACCAAACAAUACAUUACUCACUGUCCAAGUUCAAUCCGGAUCACUCCAAGCUAGUGCAGAUAUAUUCAGUUACCUUCAAGAUACUUGUGAGGAUGGUUGUGGAGAUGGACAAUGUAUCAAUGGAUUCUGUCAAUGUAAUGAAGGAGUUGCAGGUAGUAACUGUGAUGUUGAAUAUGAUCAGCGUGUUGUUCCAAAGGUUGAUGCCAAGAGUGCGCAAUUCAUUUCCAAUAUUACCUUCAAUGCAAUCCUUGCGGGUGCCAAAGAAGUUGAUGCUUCUGGUGCAACAAUUCACCUUUGGAAUUUCAAUGAUACCGCCAUGACCUGGAAUGUUAUCAACACUACUGAAAAUGAUCAAUACAUUAGAACUGUCAACCAAGGUUCAUUCUCCGCUCCAAACCCAAUCAUUGUUGAAGUUGAAACCACCACCUGGAAACAAGAAACAAUUGCACCAUUCGUUGGUCAAGAUCUUGUAUUCCCACUCAACUCUUUCUCACACAAAGUCAGAAUUUCCAAUGUCACUUUUGCCAAUCCACAAAACUCUUUGGUAGUAAUCUACAAGGCAACCUAUCCUUCUCUUAUUGUCGACGAUUGUGAAGAAUCACAAGCCGAAGUUGAGAGCCUACAAAACUCACUUACCAAGACACUCAAAUCACUAACUAUUGACACUCCAUUUGGUGCUUUAGUUGCUUCAUUCUCUAACCGUUUGAUUAGAGAUCACAUUCACUACAUUUUGGAUAUCCAAACUGUUCAAGAUAACACCACAUUCCCAGACUCUGAAGGAGAAAGCAGUGUAUCGAUUGCACUCAACAUCCCCAAUUUUACAGAUCAUAUUAUUUAUGAUCCAAUUUUCGUUUCCUAUUCCAAGACCGAUGCAGUCCACAGAAACUGCAACUCAUCCAAGAAGAACAGAAACUGGGUAAUCCCUGUUGCUGUUGUUUUAUCUAUUGUUGGUGCCGCCUUACUUGCAGGAUUGGGAUACUUUAUCUAUAAACGUAAAAAAAAUGCCUCAAUGAAGAGAAUGGUACAAAUGGAUUUACAUUAA